UCAGCAGUCACUCAAACCCAAUGUUUUUGACAAUUUUUGCAGAACGUUUGGAAUAAAGUCACAAUUACCCAGCAUUAGUGGAAAAAACCAAACUUUUUUGUGUGACUUUUACCGUGAAAUUGCGAGAAACUGGAGGCCCUGAUUUAUUUAUUUACUUAUUUGAGCUAAUUGAACAAAUUUUAGCUAAAUUAAUGACUUUCACAUGGAGGUUGGCGUGAACAUUUGUAAUACGCUAAAUAUCCCACGUCUAACAGUUGUCAACGCAAUCAUAGAUAAAAAAUGUUUUUAAAUGCCUGGAACAAAUAUUAUUGAAAGCACGAAUGUGCUUUUAACAAGCGCUCGCAUGCCGUAAAUGACGAGAUGGCCGUUCUCUGACAGUUUGCAGACAGCCCAGAUGGCUCCUCGUUGACAUACGGUUCUCAUCCGCGCCUUGGCUCUGACUGUCCUCAGUGACCGAGUGCUGCAUCAGUCGUUAGACUUUCCCUUGUGAUCUGAUUUACUGUUCUGUGGGGAAGCACUUUUAUUUUGGUCCAGCAAUCUUUCAAAGGGAGUGUCAUCUUUCUUACAUGGCUCUGCUUGGCAGGGUAUUUUUAGCUAGCAAUCGCUAAAUGACGCCUCUGUCCCACUGAUUGUAUGCCAUUACUAACUUUCAUCCAUUCAACCAUUGUCUGUUUGGGAUUUUCUUUCUUAAACUGCACGGUAAAAAGAAAAUAGUUAGCCAUCUUUAAUCUUUAAAGUUAGAUUCUCUGUCGAUUCCGUCACCUUUUGGAUGUCAUUUCUCUCUUUGGCAUCUCCCAUACUGCCGCCUCGCUCCAGCCCCUGCUUUUCUUGUUUGUUAUAAAUAUAUCACGUUCGGUUGGCUUGAUAGGAUAGGGUUUCCGUUCGGGACCGGAGCCAGUUCUGCUCUUUUUUGCUCCCUGGGUAUAAACAGGUGAGCUGUGGACCCUGAUGACCUUUCACCGUUGCCCACAUGUUCAUGAAAAAGAUCGAAGUGCUCUGGUUUCGUCUGUGCCUGUAGUGUACUCCCCACUAUGUGGUGAAGGGCAGUAAAAACACAGGCAUCUUCCUUAUUGUGGAAUUCAAAGCAUGCUGUGGAUAGCAUUGAGUAUUGAAUGUCUUCUUCUUGACUCCAGGUGUGUUGGGGGAGAGAAAGGCGGGACUUUAAUGACCGUUUUCGCUAGAUUAAGUUUGUGUGUUCGCGUUUAGAGCUGUUUUCCACAUGCCCCUACCUGAGAGGUUUCUUUCUCAGGGUGUACGGAGGAAUGUGUGGAAUUCCCCAUGUGCCUUCAUCCCAUCUGAUAAACAUCGCAGGACUGUGGAAGAGCCGUGAGUGGGUGGACAGUGGGUGCACAAAGUCAAGACUAUACAUGUGCCCACUCCCCCAAGAAUGUGUAUAAUGUCAACACAAUACGGUAUCGCAGUUAUGUCCACUGACAGCGCCAAUGUAAGUCUGUGUAUUGUUUGACUCAAGUCAGAUGAAGUCGUUUGAAAUAAUUUGGUCCAGUCGUUUUAUUUUUGAUGACAGUUUUAUUCCUUUAGACCGCUGCACAAUCAGCCAUUGAGUCAGGAUGCUGUUAGCAGAAUUGGACUUUGUCCAUUGUGGCUGCUACACACCGCCCACCCCCAGUCUGGAAUGGAAAAGAUUAGACCGAUACUUAGCCCAACUGCUGGUUGGAUUGUUGAUGCUUUUAGGUUUUUGUAAGUUUGAGACUUUUCUGUAUAGAGUUUUUCUUUCAUAAAACAAAACAAAUUGACAACAUUUCAGGUCUACACGCAUACUCAAACCUCUUCAAAGUGCAGUCUAGUUUUUAAAUAUAUAAUGUCAUCAAAAUUUGAAACCCAUUCCUCAAGUUGACUUAAAUAGGCUGAGCUAUUGUUACCUCAUAAAUUGUUAACAUACAUUGGCUGUCCACGUUUUAACUGUGGUAUAGCGGUCCUAAUGAGGAGAAGUAACUUUUUAAAGUGUGAAAUUAUUAUCCAUCCAUUGUCUAGACCCACUUGGCCUCGCAGAGUUUCUUAAAAAGAGUUUGGAAAUAUCAAGCAACUUAUGAUGACGCAGCGAAUGUUCUGGAGCUGCAGUCGGGUCUUCUAGCAAGUUCAGAGUUCACUACAGAGAAUCAAAAAUCUAAAACAACAAAAACCUAAUUGGUCUGUCUCAAAUGAUCAUCCUGUAAGUUAUUUAAACUUCUUCUGAAACACAAGACAAACAACAUAAAGCAACUAGACCUGCACAUUGCAUCAAAUCAUUACAUUGUACUAUCAGUGUGUGCAAUAUUGUAAUUGCAAAGGAUUGCUUGGUUGCAAUAACAUAUUUUGCCAGUCGCAUGUUAUUUUCUCUAAUGGCUGAUAAGCUAAUGCUCAUGAAUAGUGGUUGAGUCAAUAUGAAAUGUAAAAAAAAGAAAGAAAAAUGAAAGAUAACUGAGUUACCUUAUAAUUUUCAGCAAUAGCAUCGUGAUUAAAUAUUCUUUUGAAAUCAUACAUACAACUACAUGUAAAAUUUUCUGAUACUUUAAAUGGAAACGUCUUUUCCGAUCUGAUCUGAACGGAACAAGUGAGAGGAAUGUCUCAGCUGUGAUUGGUGGACAGAAGAGCACAAUGUCGCCAUGGAUCCUUAUGACGACGCAGCAAAUGUUCUGGAACUGCAGUCGGGUCUUCUAGCAGUUCAGAGUUCACUACAGAGAAUCAACUCAGGCCUUCGACACGCUUCCCUCUGCGCUAGGAAAGCAAGCAUUUCUGGUUAGAGUGUUGGAAAAAUGCAAACAUGGAGAACCUAUGGAGUCGUGAGCAUACCGUUAACCUCUUUGAAAUGUAUGAGAAGGAGCUGAACAUUCUUUUUGGUGAAAACGAAGAACUCCACCAUCAAAACGCAGAAAUAAGAGUCCACUUCAGGAAGAAGCUUGAAGCAGAGAGGAAGAAGAACAUGGCUCUGAGUCAAGAAAUUGACAAACUUAAAGAGCUUCAGGCUGCAGAUCCCAACAAAGCCAUUGGUCAACUGCAUCGCCAACUCCGGGUAGAAACUAAUCUGCGGCUGAAUGUGGAGGCCAAAGCCGAGCGGGCUGUUCAAAUCGCAGACCAUUUCUUGCAGAAACUGGAAGAAAUCCAUAAUGUCUGUCAAAAAUGUCUUGCGCCAAUCCAGAUUCCCGAUGCAAAUCUCAAAAGAGGAGUGGAUGACCUCAGUGGAGAACUGCUGGAGCUGAAACUGAUGCUUCGAAAAGAAAAAGAAUCUAGAGCUCACAAAGGCACCCACGGGCCUGAGGUCUUUACGCAAGCGCACAUAGAGGUUUCAUCCGAAGUCCUGGACCACAUCGGUGAAGAAACGUCCAACAGCUACAUGGAGCUGAGGAAAGAAAGGGACGAACUCCUGCAGGAGAUCCUGGUGCUGCAUCAACGGGAAUCCAACCUGAGGGAUGAGAUUGAGUGGAACGGUCUGAGAGAAUUCGAGAUUCUGGAAAUGCUCUGUCGGGAAAUAUCAGGGUUGGAAACGUUGGAGAAGCAGCAUCUUUGCCAGGACAUGUCCUGCGAGGAGGAGAGGGACGAGAGGGCGAGGGCAAAGGCGAUUAAGGUUGCCGUGGCCUUGUGAAUGCAAUGUGUGCUCAGAGCAGUAAACUGUUGUCUGCCAGCCUGGAGCAAACAGAAGAGCAAACUACCGACUCAUGAAGAAGCUGAGAUUUCUGAACUCAAACGGACAACCUGACCUUCCAUUGUCUGCCUUUACUCAAUAUUUCUCUGAUCAUAAAAGAAAACUCUUCAUAUCAAUCUGUGUUGUGAAGAAGAUUUAUUUCUUUCCUCACUGAUUCAUUAUUUAAAAUAGAGUCAUCAUUUGUAUUUAGCAUCAUUUAAAUUAAACAAAUGGAUAAGGAGAGUUGGACAAGUAUCGGUUCAGAUGUUUAUAUCUAAACUUUUUUUAUUCUUUAAAGGGAGAGUACUUUUUUCCAUAAACUGGGAUCGUGCUCAUAAGGUCUGCAAUAUUUACUUCCAACAAAAAACAUUGAUUCCAUACCGGAGAAUUUGUUUAUUUAUCAUUUAUUUAUUUUUGCA